UGGUGUGUGAGGAAGUUCCGUGCGAAGCAGACCCAGAGGGACAAGUGGACGCCAGCAGGAGAUGGAGUUGGACAGCAGGAGGAUUUUCUCUUUCGCCGUCGAGCAGCAGCAGCCUCCUACGAAGGAAUGUGCUGAGUCCUGAGGCAGACCAGGAUUAACCCCGUCUGAUGGGCAGGAUCAGAGGGGCUUGAGCGAGAGUUAUAGAAUAGGAAAAAACGAGUCAAGAAUAUUUUACGGCCCCCGGGUAGCGCCCCGCCAGCACCAUGAGCGCGGUGGUGAGGCGCCUGGCCUCCUGCUUGCCCCAGGAUGCGGCCUCCUCGCGAAGAGCAUCCUGCGGCUCCUUGGACAUCGCCGCAUCCCUCGCCAACUCGGAGGCCACGUCCCGGGAGCGCUGUGCUUCCAUCGGCGCGCAGGACCUCCAGAAGGAGCGGCCGACGGCGGAGUACCAGAAGCACAAGAGGCCCUCCUUAGACCUGUCCUGCCUCACGCCCAGGACACAGGGGCCUUUGGUCGAUUACCUCGGAAGCCCCCUCCGGCAACUCCUCAGACAGAGCUCCCUCUGUGAAUCAAAUGCCCCCUGCAUGAACUCCGCCCACACGCCCUUACACUCCGCCCACACGCCCUUACACUCCGCCCACACGCCCUUAAACUCCGCCCACACGCCCUUGAACUCCGCCCACACGCCCUUAAACUCCGCCCACACGCCCUUAAACUCCGCCCACACGCCCUUAAACUCCGCCCACACGCCCUUAAACUCCGCCCACACGCCCUUAAACUCCGCCCACACGCCCUUAAACUCCGCCCACACGCCCUUAAACUCCGCCCACACGCCCUUAAACUCCGCCCACACGCCCUUAAACUCCGCCCACACGCCCUUAAACUCCGCCCACACGCCCUUGAACUCCGCCCACACGCCCUUGAACUCCGCCCACACGCCCUUGAACUCCGCCCACACGCCCUUGAACUCCGCCCACAUAGCCACAAACUCCGCCCACACGCCCUUAAACUCCGCCCACACGCCCUUAAACUCCGCCCACACGCCCUUAAACUCCGCCCACACGCCCUUAAACUCCGCCCACACGCCCUGGAACUCCGCCCACACGCCCAUAAACUCCGCCCACAUAUCCACAAACUCCGCCCACAUAUCCACAAACCCCGCCCACACGCCCAUAAUCUCCGCCCACAGCCUGACACAGAAUGGAAUAGCAGCCAAUUCGUGGUCUGCAACCUGCAAGCACCGGCCUCCUGCGACAGCCUGCAAUGGCCUGCUGCAGGACGCGACGUCGAGGCAUUAUCUCAUGCGACGGAGACACACGCUGCACCAGACCGACCUCGUUGCCAGUCCUGAGGUGACGAACCCCCGGAAGAGCAGCGCCCCCUCCCUCGUGGCCUUCCCCGCCCUCUCGCCGUGUCUCGAGGGCAAGGGCAAGGGCUCCAGCUUCUUCCCCUCCGUCGGGAGCGAGGGCGAGGGCGUCGAGGAGCAGCCAGACCGAGAGGAAAGAAGGGGAUGGGAAGGAAAGGAGGAGGAGGAGGAGGAAGAAAAGGAGGAGGCGAGAAUACGAACAGCGCCGAGGAUAUUUGUGUGCGAUGUGGACGAGUGUGACCAGCGGCAGAGGGACCUCGGGAGGCCCCGCGAGGUCAGAGGUCAUGGAGGAUUUCACGUGGGCUCUCGCUCGCCCGCGCCGCCGGAUGCCCGCUCCCCAGGCACGGGCAUCUGCCGUGGCAUGAAAGACGGCCUCGACAGUGGAUACUCGAGCCCGCGCAGCCACGCCCACCCGCCGCCCGCGCCCACGGUGGGGGCUGUCCUGGGCCGGGGCGGAUUCGGCACCGUCAAAGUCGGGCGGUACAAAGGCACCCGCGUUGCAGUGAAGGUGUUGAAGGGGCGUCGGGCGGCUGCGUCUGCAACACAGGAGGCAAACCUGCUUUCCCUGCGCCCGCACGCCCAUGUCACCUCCACCUACGCUGUUGUCACGCCCGCAGAGACGCCCGGCCUUGCCUCCGUCACGUGGGCGCCAGACCAGGUGGUGGUUCUGCCCGCCGGCGACGUCGCGACCAUGUUCUGCCUUCCCGACGAGGACCUGACGCCGCCCACGUUUUCCGACAACGGCGAGGACGCCCACGAGGAAGGAGGGGCGUGGGCGUGGGUGGUGAGCGAGCUGUGCACUCCGAGGACGUUGCUCUCGCUCAUCAAUGACACGGGCGUCGCUCUGGCGUCCAGGGAGAAAGUGCGGUACACACGAGAGCUGGCGGGCGGGCUGACGUACCUCCACGCCCAGGGCAUCGUGCACAGGGACGUGAAGCCCGCCAACGCCCUCCUGGACGCGGGCGGCCGCCUGCGGCUCUCCGACUUCGGCUGCAGCUCCAGGCCCGGGCGGGACGAGGUGGCCGUGAUCGGCACCGUGGCCUACCAGGCGCCCGAGGUCCUCCGCGGGGGCAUGGGGUGCGGCCGCAGCGACGUCUUCUCGCUCGGGGUCACCGCCUGGCACCUCCUCACCCGCCGCGCGCCCUUCGAGGGCCUCCACCACCACGUCGUGCUCUACCAGGUGACAUGCCUCCACCACCGCCCCCCCCAGCACCACCCCCUCGGCGCCUCCCCCUCCCUGCUGGAGGUCCUGCUCGCCCGCUUGGCCUCGAAGUGCUGGGCAGAGGACCCCGAGGAGAGGCCGGACGCUUUCGCCCUCGACUCCAUUCUGGCGGCGCUCUCCUGCUCGUCGGCGCUCUGA